AUGAGGACGAAAAGGAAGCGGGGCACUGAGCAAUCGUCUAUAGCCAAACGACUGAAAGUGUCCAGUCCUGCUGCAAAAGGUAGCGAACUUGGCCCAAUAUCCCACAAUAUACUUUCAUACUGCUACUCGGAAGUCUAUACUCUGCGGCAAUUCUUGGUGGAUAGUCUUCCCUCCACGUCAAGAACCAGAAGGCAGAAUAUCAGUAUUCAUACGCUGGAAAACGGCUCUGCGUUUCUUGACACAACUCUGGUUGGUAGAUCGAACAAGACAAAGCCCGCUCAUGAUGAAGAGCGCCAUCGAGAAUUUGUUAGUUUCACAAAGUCACAGCGAAGAUCAACAAACAGCAGCAAUGGAACUCCUGAAGAAUAUCAUUUGACGGAGAUAGUCGACUUUGUCAUAUGGUCAUUAUUCCAACAAGGUGGUGGUAGUUCCCAUCGGCCAAGUCAUGUACUCUGCCAUGGAUAUCAAAAAGCACCCCUACGAGCUUUACAGGAAGAUACUGACACAAGCCCAACCGGCAUCCCUGGCGUCAUCUGCUUACACACGAACGAAUCCACGAGGAAAUUACAGCGCAGACCGUGGACGGAAAUUUUAUCCAUAUUGGGGAGCAAUGGAGACGCAAUCCUGCGGAAUUUGCUCCUGGAUUGUGGUGUGUUUGUACGUAUCGAUCAGGGAAAGGAGAACUUACACCAAAUUUGUGGCGUACCUGUUUCGGAUCUUUUUAAUAAGCGAAAAUUGCUUGAGCAACCUCCAAAUGCGAUCUCAGCUCCGUUCGUUUGGGGAGCAAAGAGCUGCACGCGCAAGUCGCGAAGUCCUAGCAGCAUCACAUUUGUACGCAGUCGUAUUCUCUACGCUCGACCUUCUAUGAAUGCUCAAGGAGGUGUGCGUUUCGGCAUGAAACACAUACACGUCCUGAACAGGCAACCCGAGUUGACAGCCUUAAAGCAGUCAAUACACAUCAUGAAGUACAUCUUUCCUCUGCAAUUUGGACUGCAUAACGUUUUCACGAGUGCCGUUGACAAAAACGAGACAGCUCAGGAGUUCAAAGACUACACAUUGCGCGAGAAUGAAAUCAAAUAUGCGGAUCACAGAAGUAUGCAGAAAAUUAGGCUUGCUGCUUGUGCGAAGGAUAUCAAGAUCCCAAAGCGGCUGCGUGGACCACCCUUUGCGAUGAUACAGAAGAUUCGCAAGCGGCACUCGCGAUGCUCUUAUGAUCAGCAACUGCGCCACCAUUGUCCAAUUCGUACCUGUGAUGUUGAUGCAUCGCAUGGUGCUGCCCUAGCAUUUUCACAGUCCUCAAGCCAUCUCAGAACCCAACUAUCUUCGAACCAUUCUUUUGUGCCACCAACCCCGGACCAAGCGGACGAUGUUAGCAAGCCAGUGGCAGGAGACUCUAUCCUUGCUCACGCAACACCUACCGCAUAUGUGUCUGCAUUUUGUUGUGCAGUUAUCCGGAGGCUUCUGCCUGGAGAUGCUUUAGGUGUCGAAGCAGACAGCGAGCACAAUUGGAUCGUGCUCUUUGCCCAGAUUGACCACUUCGUACAAAUGCGAAAAUAUGAGAGCCUUACGCUACAUACAGUUUUCCAAAACCUCAAAAUUAAUUGCAUAUCCUGGUUACGUCCUUUGGGAACGCCUGUGGAAGCAAAAUUGUCACGAUCAGAUAGGGGGAAACGCCUUGAGAUCUUUCUCGAGUUUUUAUACUAUAUCUUUGAUUCUCUACUAAUCCCACUGAUCCGUUCUCACUUCUAUGUCACAGAGUCAAAUAUCCAUCGAAAUCGUCUCUUCUACUUCCGCCAUGACGUAUGGCGAACAGUGUCUGAACCUUCCCUCACAGACCUACGCUUCACAAUGUUUCAGGGUCUACGUGCGCAGGAUCUGCGACAGGCUCGCCAUUCGCGCUUAUUAGGACAUAGUCAAGUGCGAUUACUACCGAAGGCGUCCGGGGCACGACCAAUCAUCAAUCUGAGAAGGAGAUUAAUUAGAACUCAGGGUGGGAAAACAAUCUUAAGCCAGAACAUCAAUUCUAAACUCAUGCCUUGUUUUGCCACCUUAAAUUAUGAGAGAAGUAUUCAACCACAGAAGUUGGGAUCUGCUCUGUUCUCGAUUGGGGAGGCCCACCAGCGACUUAGGGCAUACCAGAACAUGGUCCAGACAAGCACUGAAAAGCUCUACUUCGUGAAGAUGGACGUGAAAUCAUGCUUUGAUACGAUUCCGCAAGAAGCAGUCGUUCGUAUGGUGCAAGGCUUGUUAUCUGAGCGUCGAUAUCAUAUCAGCAAGCAUGCUGAAUUGAAAGCCAUCGAUAGUAGAUGGUCGACUAGCCACUUCGAAAGACCACUAACAAGGUUUCCACUUACCGCACGGCCAAACGGGGCACCUCCUGGACUGUCAGACCCAAGUCUUUCUCAACUCGCACAGAAGAGGAAUCGAACGGUUUUCGUGGAUCUUUGGGACACGAAGGCAUGCGACGCAAGGUCCCUACUAAGGUUACUUCACGAGCAUGUACAGCGAAACGUAGUCACGAUUGAAAAAAAAUUCUUCAAACAACGACGAGGCAUUCCACAAGGGUCAGUACUAUCGAGUCUGCUCUGCAACUUUUUCUAUGGCGAAUUCGAGAACAGCCAUCUUGGUUUUCUGCAACCAGGCGAAUCAUUGUUGCUUCGUUUGAUCGAUGAUUUCCUACUGAUCACCACAAAUCAGGAUCAUGCCCGCCGCUUUGCACAGGUCAUGGUAAGCGGGAAUUCAAGCUAUGGCAUUUCUGUCAAUCCCAAGAAAAGUUUGGCCAAUUUUGAAGUCAGCAUCGAGGGGCUUAAGCUCCCAAGACUCCAUGGCAGUGAAAUGUUCCCAUAUUGUGGGGUGGCGAUCAAUGUCAACACUCUUGAGAUCAGCAAGUCCAGGGAGAAUAAGGACGCAAAGGUCUCGAACGGACUGACGGUCGAACUAAGCCGUCACCAGGGUCUAAGGUUUCAGCGCAAAGUUCUUGGUUCACUCAAGAUUCAAAUGACAGCAAUGCUACUCGACACAAAGCUCAACAGUCGAUAUUGCGUGUCGUCCAAUCUCUACCAGAACUUCCUAGAAGCCGCAAUGAAGAUGUACAGAUAUCUUCACGGAUUGCCAAAGAAACGGCGGCCCGGCGAAUCGAUGGUCAUUGAAACCUGGAAGGAAUUAGUGAACCUGGCGGUCAAAAUGACACGAGGCAAGCGAUCCACUAAGACGAUUAGCGAGUAUGAAUGUGCCGUCUCCAAGACCCAGAUGCAUUGGCUGGCAGCUGCUGCACUUCACCUCGUGAUGGAAAAGAAGCAAACGGGCUAUAAAACCAUCCUGCAAUGGGUUCGAGAAGUAAUGGAUAGGUGCCAAGGAGGAAUGAAGAUGAGUGCGAUGCAGCUGGGAGAAUUAAUGGAGCAGGGCGAUAAGGUCUUCCAACGGUAUCGUUAUUGA